AACUGUACAGAAAGACACAGACCUCUCUCCCUCUUUCACAUAGCAACUUCUCAAUAAUAAUAAUAAUAAUAAUAAAGGAAAAACUCAACUAUUCUGCCUUAAAAACUUUUUACAGAGUGCAGCCCAAAGGAAUUUGUAAGUAGAAGUGUCAAAGGCUUUGAGAGCCAUCUAUCUUCCUAAUCCUCGUUAUAUCCCCUAAACUACCUAUAUACUAUAUAGUGUCUUCUCAAUACCUUCUUUCUGGGUUUUUUCUCUUCCCUCUCUUUUUUUGAUAAAUCACUAAUCAUCUUUUUUCUGCAUGCAACUUCGUUUUCUUGGAUAAUAGGGAGGGGGAAAAGAAGAAGUAGCCGGAUGUUGAUAAGCAGCAAUUCGUAAGACUUAUCGGCUGGCUGAGAAAGGAUGCCAAACCAGCUAUGGUUUGCACUAGAAAUGAUUUAUCAGCGUGGAAGGAUUUCCCAAAGGGUCUCAGGGUCCUUCUUCUUGAUGAAGACACCAAUUCUGCUGCAGAGAUAAAAUCAAAGCUUGAAGCUAUGGAUUAUAUUGUAUAUACCUUCUGCAAUGAAAAUGAAGCUCUUGCUGCAGUUUCAAGUAGACCCGAAAGCUUCCAUGUAGCCAUUGUAGAGGUCUGCACAAAUAGUAACAAUGGGGGUUUCAAGUUUCUUGAAACUGCUAAGGACUUGCCUACCAUUAUGACUUCGAACAUUCAUUGUAUCAGCACGAUGAUGAAGUGCAUAGCUCUUGGUGCAGUUGAGUUUCUUAGGAAACCGCUAUCCGAGGAUAAACUAAGGAAUAUAUGGCAGCAUGUUGUUCAUAAGGCAUUCAGUGUAGGGGGGGAUGACCUUUCUGAAUCACUAAAGCCUGUUAAAGAUUAUGUGGCUUCUAUGCUGCAUCAGCAAUUGGAAAACGGAGAAUGUAAGCACGAAGACUUGGAUAAAAUAGAAGAUGCAUCCAUGGUUCAUGAAAAGGACCAUGAACCAUCAGCAGUAAAUAAUAAGUACCCGGCUCCUUCAACACCACAAUUACAACAGGGAGGAAGAUUGAUAGUCAAUGGAGAUUGCCAAGAACAUACUAACUGCUCAAUGGAAAAAGAGAGUGGAGAGCCGGAUGGGGAAUCCAAAUCUGUCGAAACUACCAGUGGCCAUACAAUUGCUGAAGUAAUUGCACCGGUUGGCCAACAUCAGAAACCAAGGGAGACCAUGGUAAAAGAGGAGGCUGACUCCGUUGAUGGUGCCAAAGGCGAGCGAACUGUGGACUCUCAUCCUCAAGACAGAGUACAUGGUGAAGAUUCCUGUGCUGGUGCCGAAAAGCCAAAUACUGUUUCCGGUCUUCAUAGCUCACGUCCAAAUAAAGCUAAUCGAAAAAAAUUGAAGGUAGACUGGACAACUGAACUGCACAAGAAAUUUGUUCAGGCAGUGGACCAACUAGGAAUAGAUCAAGCCAUCCCUUCCCGAAUACUAGAGCUGAUGAAAGUAGAAGGCUUGACAAGGCACAAUGUAGCUAGUCAUCUCCAGAAAUAUCGAAUGCAUAAGAGACACAUUUUGCCGAAGGAAGAUGAUCCAAGAUGGCCACGAAGAGAUCAAACACAAAGGAGUUGUCAUCCACAUAAACCGAUCAUGGCCUUCCCUCCGUAUCACUCCAAUCCUGUUCCGGUUGGUCCAGUCUAUUCAAUGUGGGGAGCACCUCAUCCAGCCAGCAUCCAGACGUGGGGCUCGCACGGUUACUACCACCCAUGGCAACCAACUGAAAGUUGGCAGUGGAAGCCCUAUCCAGGGGUGCAUGCUGAUGCAUGGGGUUGCCCUGUUAUGCCCAUACCUCAGGGAAAUUGCUCGACGUUCGCUCAAAACGGGUACGGAUUUCAUUGUUCUAGCACCAUGGAUAACAGAAGUGGCAUGCCUCAAAAUUCUAUCCAACAUCAGCCGGCUGAGGAGGUAAUUGACGAGGUUGUGAAAGAAGCAAUAAACAAGCCAUGGUUACCCUUGCCCUUAGGCCUCAAGCCACCUUCUACUGAUAGUGUGCUAGCUGAGCUCUCUAGACAAGGCAUCUCCACCAUCCCUCCUCGCAAUCAACGCCUCUAAAUCCUGCUGAUGUGGCUCCACAUCACCCGGAACUGACAUGUCUGGAGUUUGGACCACCCACCUUCGCUGCACCUGCAUGCACUUCCCCCAUUAAUUGACCGAUCAACGUUUGGAGCUACGCGCCUUUUGGGAGCGCGUAGCUUUUUGUUUUGUAUCGCGGACAUCAUGCCAAACGAAGAAACAAAAGAAAGAAAACUGAUCCAGUUUAUCGCCACAGUGAAAAGGAUCAAGUGCGGUCGCUUUCAUUGGUGACAAAAAUUGUAUGGACUAGAAAUAGCCGCGUAGAUUUGAAUGCCACCGCAGUUUCGAUAUGUGGUUGAAAAUAGUUUCUAACAUGAGACAUGGAACCCUUUUGUUUAUUUUGUUUUUGUUCAAAUAUUUUGUUUGAAUUUUGAUGAUGGGAAUACUAUUUGAUGGGUGAUGAUGGGGUCAUACUAUUUCUUUCUGCCCCAGGUGGGGGCGAACUGCAAAAUACCGUGCAACAGUAAAAUGGAAAGUUGGAGAAGGGUCAAUCUGGCGCAAUGAGAUAAAAUGCAUUAAUUUGGACGCUUGCUUGAGUACUACAUCGUUAUCGGAUUAAAAUAUUCUAAUUUAAGAUAUGACAAUGUGGCUUUUGGGUUGGUCAGGAUUUUUGGGCUUGCUGAACAGAUGAAAAGAUUAUGAGGUUGUUGUUGGAGCCAUUUUCUAUGCUUAAAUACUUAAUAAAAGAAGAUGAUAGUUUGAGGAAA